AUGGGCCAGAGACAUAAUCGACGUCGCACACGACCCCGAUCUCGAAACCGCAGCGUCAAUCCUCUACUUCUUCCGUCCCACCCUUUCCCACGACCUGUCAAUACCUGCGCUCCAGCUGUUCCCUCCGCUUUCGACUGUCCUGAAAUACCCGCCCCGACCUGGCACUAUGGGCAUUUGCUAGGGCAGAAGCGUGAUCGUGCGCUGAGGAUGGAGGCUUCUACGCUGGAGGCAGAACAGUAUCGUCUCUUUGGCGGUGUCCCGGGCGACGAUGUUGGUCUCUGUUAUCGCAUGUUGGAGUACUUCGGUGGACUCGACUAUAUCGAUUGUCCACAAUCCUUAAACGCACUACCUGGGUGA